AUGCAGGAGUGCGAUGCAAGGAUGCAAGAGAGAGCAGCAGAACUGAUGGAGCAGGUAAGAAGCAUGUUGAAGGACACUACCGACAUCUUGCAAACUAUGGACUUGGUCGAUUCAAUCCAGCUUCUUGGAUUGAGUUAUCACUUCGAGAAAGAAAUAAGUGAAGCAUUAAACCGAGUCCAUGAUGCCGAUUUUAACGAUCAUCCUCUCUACGAUACUGCUCUCCGGUUUCGACUGCUGAGACAAGAAGGGUAUCAUGUGACCCCUGGUAAUAUGCUCUUACGUUUCCUUGGAGUAGAUGUAUUUGUAUGUUUUAUCUAUAAUUAUGUUUGCAAAAGUAAUUUAAUUUGUAUUUUAGAAAUGAUGGAGGAUUUUUGUUUUAAGAAGACAAAUGAGGGAGGGAGUUUCAUGUCUACCUUGGGGAGUGAUGUGAAAGGACUGUUAAGCUUGUACAACGCAGCCUAUCUUGGGACUCAUGGGGAGAUCAUUCUUGAUGAAGCCAUCUCUUUUACGAGGAAUAGCCUAGUGUCUGCAUUAGCUGAUCUUAAACCACCAUUAACAACGCAAGUGUCUCUUGACCUCGAGACACCUCUCUGUAGAAGAAUGAGAAGGCUCCUGGCAAGAGAUUACAUCUCUAUAUACCAAGAGGAUGCCACACGAGUUGAUGCCAUCCUGGAGUUUGCAAAGUUGGACUUCAAUUUGUUGCAAUCUCUUCAUCGCGAGGAACUUAAGAACAUCACCAAGUGGUGGAAUGAUUUAGCCUCCUCAAAAAAUCUCAGUUUUGCUCGAGAUAGAUCGGUGGAAUGCUAUUUCUGGAUCCUGGGGGUGAUUGCCCUUACUUCAAUUCUAGACGACAUAUAUGAUGUCUAUAGCACAUUGGAGGAGAGUCAACGACUAACUGAGGCAAUUCAAAGGUGGGACGUGAAGAUUAUUCAUCAAUUACCAGAGUACAUGAAAGAUUAUUAUCUAAAGCUAAUGCACACCUUUGAAGAGUUUGAAGAUUUAUUGGCUUCCAGUGAGAAAUAUCGUAUAACCUAUCUAAAGGAAGCGAUGAAAGAUUUAUCUGAAGCUUAUUUUGAGGAAUCCAAAUGGAGAGAUCAACAUUACGUACCAACUUUGGAAGAACAUCUACAUGUUUCCCUCAUCAGUUCAGGAUAUCCUACGCUCCAAUGUGCUUCUUUCGUUGGAAUGGGAGAAAUAGCAACUAAGGAGGCAUUUCAAUGGAUUACUAGUUUCCCAAAGAUUGUCCAAGCUUCUGCAAUAAUUUGUCGUAUCAUGAAUGACAUUACUUCACAUGAGUUGGAACAAACUAGGGAACAUGUUGCCUCCACAGUCCAAUGCUACAUGAAAGAAUAUGGAACAGAUGUGCAUGUGGCAUGUAAGAAGCUCCAAGUUCUAGUUGAUGAUGCAUGGAAGGAUAUAAAUGAAGAGUGCCUCAAUCAAACUGCAUUCCCUGUUGCUUUACUUCAAAGGAUUGUUAAUUUUUCACGAAUGAUGGAAAAUAUAUAUAAGUACAUCGAUGGAUACACCAACUCCUCUACGAAGACAAAGGAAUAUAUCUCUUUGUUACUUGUACAUCCUGUUCCACUUUGAUUGUAUGACGAUGCUUGCUUCUUCUAUGAAUCCUUUAUUCUGAAAUAUAUGUAAGCCUUUGUAAAUGAACGUGUAUUGUACUAUGCUUGCUUCUUCUAUGAAUCCUUUAUUCCGAAAUAUAUGUAAACCUUUGUAAAUGAAUGUGUAUUGUACUAUACUUGCUUCUUCUAUGAAUCAUUUAUU